GGAUCAAAACAUUUGAAAUUUGAAAACUCUGAAACCAUCCCUCUCAAAACCAUUUCUACAAUUUCUCAUUCUCCAUCGCAACAAUGGGAGUCAAGAAUUUAUGGGACAUUCUCGAAUCUUGCAAGAAAACGGUUCCUCUUCACCAUCUCCAGAACAAAAGGGUGUGUGUGGAUCUGUCUUGUUGGAUGGUUCAGCUUCAGAAUGUGUGUAAAUCGCAUGCUUGUUUGAAGGAGAAAGUUCAUCUUAGGGGACUCUUUCAUCGUCUUAGAGCUCUUAUUGCCCUUAAUUGUACUGUUGUUUUCGUUUCAGAUGGAUCAAUUCCUGCCAUUAAAUUGUCGACUUAUAGACGUCGCUUAAACAAUGGAAAAGAGGUAGCCCAAAAAGAAACUAACUUACAGAAAACGACAUCACUGCGGAGAAACCUGGGGUCUGAAUUUUCAUGCAUGAUUUCAGAGGCUAAAAUCUUGGGGAUGGCUCUUGGCGUCUCAUGUUUAAACGGGAUUGAAGAAGCAGAAGCUCAGUGUGCUUUGUUGAACUCUGAAUCGUUAUGUGAUGGAUGUUUCAGUUCAGAUUCAGAUAUAUUUCUUUUUGGUGCAAGGACAGUGUACAGGGAUAUCUGCCUUGGAGAUGGUGGAUAUGUUGUAUGUUAUGAGAUGGCAGACAUUGAAAGAAAACUUGGAUUUGGACGGGACUCAUUGAUUUGCCUCUCCUUGCUUCUUGGCAGUGACUAUUAUCCAGGAGUUCACGGAUUAGGUCCGGAUUCAGCUUGUCAGAUAGUCAAAUCAAUUGGGGACAAAUUUGUUCUAAAAAAAUUUGCUUCUGAAGGACUUGGAUGGGUGAAAAAAAGAAAAGGAGGUCAAAAUAAAAUAGGAAGGGAUGAUACGAUUUUGCAAGUGAUUGAUGCUUAUCUGAAGCCAAAAUGCCACUCAGCAGAUUCAGAGUUUCUGCUCAAGGCUCUCGCUACGUAUCCAUUUCAACGUACUAAACUACAUCAUAUAUGUGCUGUAUCCUUUGAAUGGCCUUCUGAGAGAACAGAUGGAUAUAUCCUUCCUUGUAUAGCAGAAAGAGAUUUACGACGAUUCGCCAAUUUGCGAUUAACUUCGUCUGAACUUGGACUGAACCUUCCUUUACAUGAGAUACCUGUAAAGUGUCCUGUGUCAGAAAUCAUUAAGAGCCGAAAAGCUCAAGGGAGAGAGUGCUAUGAGGUUUCUUGGAAAGACAUGGAUGGACUUGAAACUUCAAUAGUACCUGCAGAUCUUAUAGAAAGUGCCUGUCCCGAGAAGAUUUCAGAAUUCGAGGAGAAAAAAGCUCUGCGAAAGAAACAAAAUGUUCAAAAAAGAAGACCAAAGAAAAAAGAAACUACGUCUUCUCUGGCUGAGCUUGAUCUAAAACUGCAGAAUUUGUUGCUAGAUGAUAACUUGCAAGACGAUACCAACCACAGUGCCUCUGAUUCUUCAGGAAGGAUAUUAGAAGAGACAACGUCUACGGCUGAAGAUGAUCUAAACACAGAAAACAUGAUGCUGUCACAUGAUGACAUAGAAUAUAAUGAAUGGAUUCAGAAUAUCAGCAACAUAUCAAGCAAUGAUGUUGUUUCUAGUAAAGAUAAAAAUGUGGUCAUUGAUCUUCUGAGCCCUUCUCCACUUAAGCCAUCAAAUUCUUCAAAAUUUCAUCCAUCAAGUGACCAAAAUAUUGAUGUGAUUAAUUUGAGUGAUUCAGAAAAUGAGGUGUCACCGGAACAUAAGCAGAAAGCUAAAGAGCUUAGAAUGUUCUUAGCAAGUAUUAGAAAUGAAAUCCAUUGAACAGAAGGUUUUGCAUGUAUACUAAAAAAAGUUUAAAAUCUCAUAAUGAGAAGAAAAAAAAAACCAUCAAAUGUUGUAUUUUAUUUGAUGCAUUAUUAGUAAAACUUGACUGAAGUAAAUAAAAAUAUUGCUUGCUGGAGAAGUUGUUGCAUCAUGUUUUGAAUAUCAAUGUAAUAUUUAAGAUUUCAAGUUCUUAAA